AUGGAGGGCGUGGGACACGUGAACGCGUGCAUCGGUUUGGCGGAAGUACUGCAGAGUCGUGGCCAUCGCAUAGUCUUCGUGGGCCACCAGUCGUGGGCGGGAAAGUUGGCUCCGUUUGGGUUCAGCGAAGAGAUACUCACUUCCGACGACCAAAGGGACCAAAAACCGGGCGAAAUGGCGGCCAAAGGUCUGCUCCAAUCGGGUCUACUGUCGGGCAUAUCGUCGUUGGAAAAGAUGAAAAUAAUGCAAAACUCGACGAAUAUGAACAAAAUGGUCGAUAAGAUGCGCGCAAAUGAGCCCAAACUCCGGGCGAUUGUCGAGAAAUAUAAUCCGGAUCUCUAUGUGAUCGACGACUUCGUGGGUUCGCCCGCUUUGAUCCACUCAAAUAAGCCGUGGGUUUACGUGUUUUCCGCGAAUCCCUUGUUUGUGAUCAGGGAUGACAGGACACCCCCGGGGGGUUCAGGUUAUCCCUCAUAUGGGGACCGGAGUGAGUGGAAAGCCUUUCGAGAAAUAUCGGACAAACCGUUCGCCACAUCGAAAGCAUAUUAUAACGAAUGGAUGAAAGAGGAGGGCUUUCCUACCAUUCCCACGGAGGGAUCGGUAAUCACGUCGCCGUACCUCAAUAUCUACGGCUAUCCCGAGGAACUGGACUACACGGACAUCCGGCCCAUACCUGACACGUGGAUGAGAGUCGACGCGUUUAUGCGAAGAGGGGAACAGGAGUUCGCAAUUCCGCGCAAAUUCCUCGACAGAGACCCACAGAAAUCGAGACUCAUUUACCUCUCAUUGGGUUCUAUGGCCUCAAUAGACGUGAAUCUCAUGAAGAGAUUUGUGACAAUUCUGUCCAAAUGUGAGCACAAAUUCAUUGUCUCGAAGGGAGUGCUCGGAGACAGCUAUGAGUUGGCGGACAACAUGUGGGGCCAGCCGUCGGUUCCGCAGACAAAAGUGUUGCCAAUCGUAUCGCUGGUCAUCACUCACGGCGGCAAUAACUCCGUGACCGAGACCUUCGCGUACGGCAAGCCUAUGAUAGUUAUGCCCUUUUUUGCCGACCAAUACGACAACGCGCAGAGGGUUCAGGAAAAGGGGUUUGGGAUACGACUCGAUCCCUACGAGUGCUCGGAACAGGAGUUAUUGGAUUCAAUGCAAAGUCUAUUGAAUGAUAAGGAAAUGAAUGACAGAUUAGCGGCCGCUUCGCAACGAAUACUCGGCUCUCAUAGUAUUCAUAGGGUUUGCGAACACAUGGAAAGUCUCGUCCAAUGA